AUGAAGUGGUUGCCCGAGAGCUGUAGGGAGUCACAAGAAAAUUUUUUUGGAAAGCGUGGCCUCAGUUGGCAUAUCACAGUUGUCUGUGAAAAAGGGGAUGCUCCACAACGGACAACAAAACAAGUAGUAACAGAUGAAGAUGAUGAUAACAGCAGCUAUAAUUCGGUAGGAAGUGACGAAGAAAAUGAUGAUUCGCCAAAAAUUUACUCUUACAAGAUAUUCGUGCAUGUGAUUGAACAUUGUACGCAGGAUGCGGAAGUUGUUACGGCCAUAUUACAUGAUGUAUUAACAAGAGUCAAACGAGAUAAUCCAAUAAUUAAUCGUGCAUUUGUUCGCUCAGAUAACGCCGGAUGUUACCACUCAGCAGCAACAAUAUUAUCACUACCACAAAUAUCGAAAGAAACAAAAAUUAAAAUUGAACGAAUGGAUUUUUCGGAUCCUCAGGCAGGAAAAUCAGUAUGUGACAGAUAUGCUGCUGUGAUCAAAGCACUUAUCCGGCGUUAUCUAAACGAAAAACAUAAUGUAACAAAUGCAUCGGAAUUCAUUGAGGCUUGCCAUUCAUAUGAUGGUGUGAAAGGAGUGCAAGCAUUUGAAUGUAAACUCCUCAGCACCAAAGAUACGUCAACACUCUCUAUUCCGAAAAUUACCACUAUCAACAACUUCGGUUUCGAAAAUAAUGGCCUUCGUGUUCAUCGUGCGUGGAACAUUGCAGCUGGAAAACUCAUUCCCUGGAAGAAUCUAAAGUCUACCAGCGCCAUUAGUCAUCUUCAAUGUGAAAAUUUAGUUCCGUCCACAUCAGCAACGUCCAGUUCAUCAACAACAUCAAUCAAAAACAAGACAAAAAUACACUCGUCAACAGCAUCCAGUGACACCACAAUAGCUGAAAUUCCUCAUGACAUUCAGACUACAUCAAGUCAAUUAUACGAAUGUCCAGAAGAAGGCUGCAUAGCUGCAUUCAUAAAAAAUGGUAAUCUGAUUAGCCACAUGGCACACAUGGCAAGUGGUAAACAUCGACGUAAAGUUGAACGUAUUUCUAUGAAAGAUCAAGGUAUGCAACUAUAUCAUUCGAAACUAGAAAAUACUGGAGAUAGACGUAUGAUAUCACUGGUAUUAGAAAUUACUUCUGCUGAUAAUCAGCGAUCGAAUAUCGUUCGUCCAGCACGUGGCUGGGCAUUGCCAAAAGAACGAACUCAAAAUCGCCUAACUCCGGCACAAAUAAAAUAUUUGACUGACAAAUUCGAUGACCGAUUACUGAAUAAAAUGCGUUGGAAGCCAGAAGAACUAGCCACUGAAAUGCAACAAAAGAAGUUGCCAAAUGGAAAAUUUUAUUUCACACCGAAAGAAUUUUUGAAACCAGGUCAAAUCCGCUCAUUCUUUUCAAGACUAAAAGCAUUACGUGGGAGACCACAAGAAAAAAUGGACGUCGAUGAAGAAGACGAAGAAGAGUUUGAAGAAGAACAGAAAUUCGCUGAAGUACCACAUCGAUUUAAAUUGCGCGAUGCAGUCGGUUUAGCUAAAAUAGGAACAACAGCCAUUCAGCACACAGCACAAAAUCGUCCAACAUCCACUGAUAGACGUUUACCAUCCACUCCCGAUAUCAGCGUCGACUAA